CGCGACAACAUCCAGGGCAUCACCAAGCCCGCCAUCCGGCGGCUGGCCCGGCGCGGCGGCGUCAAGCGCAUCUCCGGCCUCAUCUACGAGGAGACCCGCGGGGUGCUCAAGGUGUUCCUGGAGAACGUGAUCCGGGACGCCGUCACCUACACGGAGCACGCCAAGCGCAAGACGGUCACGGCCAUGGACGUGGUUUACGCGCUCAAGCGCCAGGGCCGCACUCUCUACGGCUUCGGCGGCUAA